CACUUGACUUGUCACCUAGUUAAUGUAGUUAUUAUGUAGUAUGAUAAUAAAUAUAUUGCUGAGUACAGUAUUUGAACUGAUACAUCAGUGUCUACAUUAAAGGAUAUCAUAGCAGAUUUUUGUUGGCAUUACCUGUUUUGGGCAGCGGCUCUGAAAUGGUUUCAAUAUUAGUUCCUAAGGAAUACGGUUAUGUUGUCUUGGUGGCAGUUGGAUCAACUUUCAUGGUGAUGUGGAAAGGAAUUAAGGUUGGAGCUGCCAGAAAGAAGUAUAAUGUGGCUUAUCCCACAAUGUACAGCCCUACCAAUGAUCUGUUCAACUGCUAUCAGCGUGCACAUCAAAAUACGCUGGAAAACUACCCCCAGUUCCUAACUCUAUUGCUGUUGGGAGGCCUGCAACAUCCCGUCGUGGCAGCAGUUGCUGGUACAACCUGGUGUCUCGGCAGGAUCGCCUACGCCAGGGGCUACUACUCUGGAGAUCCCUCGAAGAGAAUGCAGGGAGGAUUUGGCUACUUUGGUCUGUUUACUCUGGUCGGGCUGACAGUGAAGCUGGGUAUCAACACACUCGGGUGGAUGUAGACAGUUCGAGUGGUUGUGUAAAAGCACUUAGUUUUUCCACAAAUAGAGCUGAUAAGAUAAAAAUUGUGUCAAUUCAUUGUCUGCUUUCACUUUUGAGUAUGCUAAAAGUACUGAUAUAUGACACAAUAUGCCUUUGUCCUAAAAAAUAAGUGUUCUUUAUGCGUACAAAUAUUUAGUUUUAUACUAUUUAAAAAAAAAAAGUUACUGUUCUCCAUUUUGAAUCAUGUAAAAAAUAUUUAGUCCACAAAGAAACAAGUAAAAAAGCAUAUUCUCUGCAUCACUUAGAUUAUACCCAAGCAAUGAAUAAAUUUUGACCUUAUGGCUCCAUAUUAAUGUUUUACUUUUAGCCUAGCAGCGCAAUGUUGCUUUUAUCCAAAGUCUGUGUAUCAAAAUAACAGUUUUGUUAAGAUUAAGUUGUACCCAAACUUAAUUAUAGUAUUUAAUAGGAAUUUUAAACAGUUACUUAUCAUAAAAACAUUAGUAAUCUUCAAAUCAAAAGUCAGUAUAAUGUAUUAAAAGAGUAAGCCUACAGGAAACUAAUUGUCUAAAAGGUUUCUAUAUAACGUAUGUGUUACAGAGGAACAAACAGGUCUUUCAGUGUUAUUUAACGCACAUAUACUUAUAUUUUAUUUAUACUUGUUAUCAAUUUUGUUACAUUUGAAUACAAUUUUAUUUUUAUUUAUCAUGGCAGUUGUGGACAGUCUGAGGAUAAUGGUUUUUGUUUUGAUAGUGUUAGUAAUAUAACACUUAAAACCAAUUUAAAUUUAAAUGCAGUGUAAUUUAUGUUAUGAAAUAUCUAUCUAUGCUCUUAGAUGUUUAUUUCUAGUAUUAGUUCUCUAGUAGUAUAUUAGUGUGUAUACAAUAGUAUAUUAGUUCUCCAUAUCAACCAAUUACAUUCUAUUAAUUGUAUGCAUUAUCAUCAGUAUUUUGUAUUUGAAACAUAGAAUAGAUGUUGAAUGAUUGUUUCCAAUAGAUGUUGAAAUGAUCGUGGUUGAUCAGUGUAAUGAGUAUAGUUAAAGCAAUACUAAAACACUAAUCACCAAAUCCUACCUUAAAAGCGUGCCGACCAAUCCUACGUCCUUAGCUGAGAAUGUGAAUGAUUUAUGUUAUUGAUGUAAAUGUGUGUUAAAUACCUAUUUAUCUUGUGAGACUUUUAUACUGUGUUCCUGAGAUUUAUAAAUGCUGUACAUGCAAUAUUUUGUGAUUGUUAUUUUGUCAAAAGAAAUAAACACUUUUGGCUUA